CGCUGAUUUUUGGACGAACAAUUGGAAUUGCGUGGAGGAUCAUCACAGUACCAACGCUUGUACAGUUGCUUUUUUUCGCAGAUCACGACGAUCAUUUGACGAUCAUUACUUUCCUACGAGUCACGAGUUGCCACCAGUCACUUCGUUCACGACCACCACCAUGUUGGAACAGCACACAACUGUCGUCUCCAGUCCUGCCCCUCCUCCUCCUAUCCCCUCCUCUUUCUCGCUGUCUCGCUACACUGCGAAACUGCCCGACUCGGCGGUCCACGAGGUGCAGCAAUGGAACCGCGGGCUCUCGGCGGUGGACCGCCGGAGGAAGCUUUGUGCCAUGAGCGAAAACCCAUUCAAGUUCCUCCGGGGCGCGGACCAUCUAUGCAUCCUGCAAAAGUUGUCGCGGUCGUGUAGUAUCUAUCGUAGACUAGUUUGAAUUGCAUCUUCGCAGGUUACAAAAAAAAAUUGUUGUCAACGUGGAAAACGCAACUUGUAAAAAUGCUCAUAUGAGAGAGAUCUGUCUUCAAUGUCAUGCAAGAUUGCAAGAGUUUUCUUACAUAACUAGUACUCAUGCGAUAUUAUUUUUGCACUGGAUGCCACCUCUUUUUCGACGAUUUUUCCUGCCCCGCGAAAGCCAGCAACUUGGAGGACGAGGGGCGAGUAUCAUCACCGCCGCAAGGACCAGCACGACCAGAGGAACUCGCAAGUGAUGCGUUUUUAGCUUUCAAGCUGUGGACCCAGGGGGAUUUGCACUUGGAGAAUCUCGGCAGCUGGAAAAACGCGAAGCGGCAGGUGGUGUUAUGCACUGCAAAAGUAUAAUCGUACUCGUAUAAAUUGCAUUCAUGCAUGACAAAUCUUUUUCUAACCUGAAACAGCAUUACAAAUUCUACUUGUAGCGUUCUUGCCGGAAUUUGUGAUGCGAUUUAUACUAGUAAGUACGAUACUUUUGCACAGGAUAGGUGUACUCCAUGAACGAUUUUGACGAGAGUACGAUUGCGGACUGGAGGUACGACAUCUAUCGGUUGGGAGUCAGCAUCGUGCUGCAGCAAAACCGUUUGUCGCAGAAAGCGGAAAGAGAAGCCGGAGGAGCUUAUUUCCGCACUGACAGAAACGUACGGGAUGAAGAAUUACAGGCACGGGAAGUGAAGAUCCAAGCCUUCCUGCAAGCUUUCGCGGUGGGCUAUUUCCAAGAAUUUCCGAUUUUGGUGGAAAAAAGCAAGAACAACCAGCAAAUCCACUUCGACCGAGCGAGUAUGGAAACCAGUCCAGAGAUCAGAGAGUACCUGCAAGAGUUGGAACAGUCCCCCCACGGGUUCCGGAGACGGAAACUUUUAGAUAAAUGGGCCCCGGUGGACGCGUCUGUUGGCGAUCGGAGGUUCAGGAAAAAGAACUUUGCGAAAUUGUCCAAAGCGCCAGAAUAUGUAUUGCAAAAGAACUAUCGUGCUCGCACGAAGUAAUUGAAAUUUUUGCAUGAAGUACAAAUUCUCUCAGCAUGACGAAAAAUGAAAUUAGUCUGUCAUGCUGAAAAAUUUCAAGUGCCUAAGAUUUGUCAUGCGGUACUGCAAUUACUAGAAGUGCGAUAGAGGUACUCUUGCAAAGGAUACAGAAGAGAUCCGGAACAUGGUGAUUACGUCCAUGGUAUGCAUUGCAAAUAUGUCUGGGUCUGGAUGAUUGCCAGGCUUGUCAUGCAUCUUUUGCAGCCUGACCCAUGGCGCCUGUAAUGCAUGCCCUAGCAUCACCGAUUUUUACAGCGCUUCCUGAUGCUUAGUCCGCAUGACAAAUGCCCUCCCCGCGUAGCACAAACUGGACUCUCCUGCUCGUCCUCAUGCAACACAGAUUUUUUUGGAAUCCAAAGACAGCAUCACAAGUUACGAUCUUCCAGACCCAGACAUAUUUGCAACGCAUACAUGGACACGUAUUAUGCGAGUCUCACGCCCGAGGCGAGGCUGCAAUUACCCGUGAUCGAGUUUCUCGGGUUCAAGUAUCCCAGAGAAACAAGCUGGCCGCGGGUCAUAUUUGUAAUUGAGAAACUGAAACACUAAGACUCAAUGCACGAAAAAUCAAGAUCAUGUCUUACCUGAAGCAAACAGCACGCGAUGGGUUUCUUGCGCGUGACACCUUUCUCUGCGUACGUAUUUUUGCAUACUUAACAGAGAGGGUCCUCGACCUGCCGGCUUUUUUCUUUUGGAUACGGAGGACGUGGCGCUGCGGAACCUGCAAGGAACCGGCAGUCUCGGUGCAGGAAGGUAUUACCUGCUUCUGGACGGACCGACCUCCUCGCUGGACGAUGAUAUCAUCCUGGAAUUGAAGCAGCAAGCGCGACCCUCUGGUUUGUUCUGGCUAGGGUUUGACGCGUUGCGGGAUUACGUGCAGGGGUUUCGCGAUAACGACGCGGCGCGGCACAACACCGGUUACCACCGACUAACGCAGAUAUCCAACGCAAAAGUGAGUAUUGCGCUCGUACUAAUUAUGGCAGUCCUUCAUGACAGAGCCAUGGCGAUGGCCUUGGGGCAAUCAGCUGCAUUAGAAAUUGCAUUUUUUAUUUUUAGCCCUCUCGGAAAGGAAAGAAUAACAAAUGUGUUGCAGCUGCAAUUUACACUAAUAUCAAGUAGGUAAAGUACGUGCGCGAUACAUUAACAUUUGCAUUGCAUAGUAAGACGCGGAUCCGUAUUUGGGGUAUUUCAUCGAUGCCGCACCGGGGAUCACCUACGCAGUGCGCGAGCUGUCCCCGUACAAGACGGAUUUUCCCUUCAAGAAAUUUUUCGGCCAGGAGCAGGCGUUUCUGCGGAUCUACGCGCAGAUUGGCCGGAUUGUCGCCCGGUCGCACUUUCUGUCUUCCAACGGGACGAUUGCGGAGUUUUUUGCGGAGAAGGAAAUGGUGCAGCAGGGUACAGCGGGUCCUGGGGAUACUCAAAAAAGCACCGAAGGACCUGCAGGCGUGAACCUCCUCGACAAGAUGAACAAUUACACAGCUAUUACACUAAAUACCGGCACCAGGGGCGCAACUGUCGCAAAGACCAUGAACAUUUGGAUCGAGGAGAAAUUCAUACCGGUAUCUUUAAAUUACGCCGCGCAAACGGGAAAAUACUUUUCUGCCUUCAAAACGUUCGUCGACACCGUGGAGGGAUUUAACUGCUCCAACACUUUAUCCUCUGCAAAAGUAAGAAUGACGUCGCGUACUACCUGUGGAUGUCGAUGUGAUCCUGGUUGCGAUAGUGCAUCACAAGCGUAGUAGUUCCCAAGGCAAAGCAGCAACACAAUUUUUUUCGGUCUUCCUCGCGCGGAAACUAUCGAUUUGGGGGGUUAUUUACAACAGAGACAGCUAGUCAGUACGCGCAAUGCUUUUGCAGUGCAUACACUCUGGGCGAAAUCACGUACGCGGACGGGUACAUCUGGGGAGCGUCAAACUACUUCACCAAAAGCUCGGCGAAGUAUGUGAGUGCACAAAUCCCCUGUCCCACCAUUUGCCAUGCAAAAUCCCAAACCCACGUGCUGCCCUCUGGCACUCUUCGCAUGAGAAAUUCCGGAUGAAGCCGAAACUUUGUUACUUAUGCACAGGGUUCUCGUGUGGGUUUGGUGGCUUUUGUACGAAAUUGUAUUGGUCAGUGUUCAUGAUCAUGCGAUGCCUAUGCCUUACAACAAAUCAAUGGAAAUGAAGAGGGGGAGUUGUUUUUGUUCCCUCUCAUACGAAGGCGGCGGCGGGCGACGGUGGCGUGGUGCCCAGGACUGCGCCGGAAAACAACAGCACAAGGGCGGGUGCAUGCACUUCUGGAGCGGUUUUUUCGGACGGAUUAAGUAGGACCUCUUCAAACUCCAGGGAAAGCAGUGGAAGUUCUAGCACUUUCGGAAGCAGUACGACGCACGAGCAUGUGGAGAGUGGAACACAGGAAGAACAUCACCAAGGUACUAGGGGGAACUCACGCCAGGAAAAGAACGCCAACAAGAACGCCGCGCCUGCAGCGCCGCCGCGGGUCACAGUGCCGCAGAAGUACGAUCACGAUGCGAAUUUUACGAACGCCGGCAUUCCGCUCACGAAUCCAGGAGGAAGUGAAAGAGCAAGUCCAGCAGCAUCCACGAGCGGAACGGGCACGGCGGGGCAAAUGAGCACUUUGGUGGAACUGAAGGCGUUGCAACGCGAAAUCAGCGAGACACAGUACACCAUGGGCGGAGGUUUUUUCCUCCUGUUCCUGCUCUUCUUCUCUCUCUUGCUCCGGCCGCGGGUCAUGCUGGGAUUGGGUAGUCGGGAACCGUAUGGUGAAACGAGUAGAAACUUUGCACAACCUUCUGGAAGGGACAAUGAGGAUGACGACAACGUCGUGUUUCACACGGAUCAGUAUACGCGAUUAUGAAUUGUGAGCAGCGUUUCCAUUUCCAUUUGCAUUUGCAUUGUUCAGACUCGGCGAUCGUGAUGCUUUCCGCCUGAAUACUUACGGUAAGGACGCCGGUCACGGUGCUGACUACUUCCUGUCAUCCG